AUGUUUUGUAAUGCUGAACGGGCUUUUCAAACAUAUUUAAGGUUUGGGCCAGGUGAAGAUCUGCUUAUUAUGCCUGAUGGGGGUUAUGUCAGUUUAAGUGAAUUUCAUCUUUUUUUCAAAGAUAGUAAACAAGUAACUAGUGAACCUGAGCAAAUUGCAAGAGUAUUCCAUAAUGCAAUUCAAUAUUUAAUUGCCAAUGUUGUCCCACAUAUGCGUAAUAUUGCAAUGCAAGAGGAAGAAAUGGUUGCAUUAAUGGGAAUGUUUCUUUGGACUGAUUCAAUCGACAUUUCUGAGCAAAGUUUAAGUAAAGCAAUGCAAGUUCGUAACGAGAUAAUUGUUGAUUUACAUAAAUAUUAUCGUGAAAUUGGUUUAAAUGAAGAGGGAAUAUCUAAUGUUGUUAAAAUGAUGCAAGAAAAUGCAGCUAUAACAAAGUUAUUUGAUAUGAUGAAUAUUAGUGAACCUAUCUGUAUGGGGCAUGUUUAA